AUGGAACUCAUUACUGCCUGGAUCAAAUCACUACGCGGUGAUCAGCAUAUCGAAUUAGUGUCGACUGGGAGAGAUGGCUUCCUUAUAGAUAAGGAAAUACUUCUGCCAUUCUUUGAAAAAUUCAGCGCAAUCCAGAGCUGGACUAUAUUUCUCCCGAGCGUUAGCGGAUUUGCGCAUAUCAAUUUAAAUACGCUUAUUGGACUUUGGCAGAAUCGUGAUGCGCCGCCUCCGUGUAUAGACCAGGCGACGAAUGCCAUAGCUCUGUUUUUGGACGAGGCAGCAAAGCGACAGAAAGCGCUUUCUGAAGCCGGCAAAACAUACAGACAGCUUGUUACGCGUGGGCGUAAUUCAAUCCGUCGGGAUCGAGCGUCUGGUCUCGAGAGAGAGGCUCUGCUAUGUGAGCGGACGGACGCUAAGGGCGCCAAUCUCGAGCGGGAUCCUGCCCUAAGUGAGCAGACCAACACCAAGGGCGCCAAUGUCGAGCAGACGGACGCUGGAGGCGUCGAUGUCGAGCGGUUUACGGCGCUACAGGAUUCAGACAUGGAGCUGUUUCAUGAGAUAUCGGACGACGAUUUCUUUGAUGCGCUUCCCAUGAUAACUGCGACGACUCCGCGUCAUCGCAUAACUCAUGCGAUUACGUGCCCAAGUCGCCCCAAGCCAUGCAGAAUCGAAAAGGUGCCUCGACAACUACCCCCACGUCUGUACCCUCGCUAUUUUUGGUAUGGAGGAAGCUUGCGACCUCGUAUACCUGAAGGAACUACGGAGUGA